AUGUCACACGUCGUGGUGUUUAAUGCAGCGGCGAGGAGCCACAAGAUACCGACCACACCAGUGAAGUACCUGACGGAAGUUCGCGACGAGGCGUGUCAGAAGUUUGGCGUCAGCAAAGAGCAGUUCACACUGAAAUACAACAAUAAGCCCAUCUCGCUAUCCCAGCAGAUACGGCACGUGAACCUCCCGCAGGGCGCCCGAUUAGAACUCGUUCAAGCCUCCCGAUCACCCACAGUCAUUUCGGUAGCAUUGGGCCUCCCUUCGUCCGAGAAGAACGCGCGCUUAACGCAGAAGUUCGCCAGCAAUACUUCACUAUGGGAAUUGCUACGACAAUUCGAGAGCGGCCAGGGAGCCAACUACAACUUCACACAACGAGGUGUACCGGAAAUGAACGGAACGGGUACAGGCGCAGGCAGGCUGAACUAUGAAAUGCCCAUCAUCACAGUCAUGCCUGGUCAUAAAGAGUACGGCACAUUUGUGGAUUUGCAGAAGACCCUCAGCCAGUUAGGCUUCGAUAGUGGCAGCGCUUCGCUGCGAUUAAAUUUCAAGAACAGUGGUACGCCACUUGAGGAGGCGAUGGCGCAGAUCUCACAGUACUUCAAGAACGCGGAUCCUGCACCGAGUGGUGCUCAUUCGGGGAGUUCGGCACAAGCUGGCUCCAUUCCAGACUUAGAUACAGCAGCUCCUGAGGCAGCGACGACAGUUGCAGGUGAGACGAUACGAUCAGAGGAGCCGGACCCUUCGCCCAUGGAGGUGGAUCAGGAUCCAACUGCUGCCGAGCCCUCAAUAUCCGCAGUUGAUGGUCCAGCUCAGAUGCCUUCAAUACCCCCCGCUCCUUUUUCUCCACCUCCGCAGUCAGCACUGUCUCCGCAGGAGCCCUCCUCUUCGACGCUUCCCCGAAACAUACAAGUCUUCGCCGCCCCGACAUCCUCCACACCCCAAGCCGCCCGCCAGGCCUUCAACGAAGCAGACUAUCAGCCCUCCGUCGACCAACUGCGCGGCUUACAAGCAUCCUAUAAAGAGCGCUCCAAGAACACGCGCCUCCUCUCCGACAAGGAGCUCGAGGAACAAGAAAACGAGCGAAAGACCAAACUCGCUGCAACUGCCGACAAAGGCGGCAUCGUGCGCGUGCGCCUUCCCGACGGCGCAUUUGUCCAAUUUGCUGUUUCCAAGACUGAUAAUGCGGUUGACGUCUACGACUUCGUGACCAGCUGUCUUGAGCACAAAACCGAGCCUUUCCACCUGUCCUAUCGCGACGUCAAGGGCCAAUUUGUCGCUAUGGAUCGCGACUCCAAAUUGAUCUUUCACGAUCUCAAAUUCAGCAGUAAUGAGCUACUUACGUUCCGUUGGGACGAUGGCGCGAGUGCGGCUGUGAGAGGGAUGAAGCCUGUGCUGAGUAAGGAGUGGCAGCAGAAGGCUGCACCGUUGAGGGUUGAGGAGCCCGUAGUAAACGAAGCAGCGCAGGCUUCGACGUCUUCACAAGGCCAGACGUUGGGACAGGGGAAGCAGAAGAAGGAGUACUCGGCGGCGGAGAAAGAGAACAAGCUAAAAAGCUUAUUAAAUAAGAGCAUCUUCAAGAAGAAGUAG